AUGAAGUACCAAACGAAUUCGGCGUUGCUUAUCUUUGCAGCAGUCUGUCAUGUUUCGGUCGACGCGGUACGCAACCUCCGCAUCGUUUCACCCUUGCAAGCGCUGACAAUCCCGGACCCUGAAGUAAAGGAAGAGAUUACUACCGCGCGACGACAUUUUUUGGACAGAUUUAAGGUCGGAUUGGAAGCCGAAUCAAAAGCGAGAAGAGAACUCGCUGAAAAGAAGUCUGAACAACUCCAGGCGGACGCUACGGCCCCGGAUUGGGCCAAACAGGCUGCGUCGUCGGUAAAUCGCAUACGCAAUGCGGACGAGAAGCACAUCGAAACAGCCUUUGAUAACGCAGUUGCACAAUUUGACCGCGACCGGCCCUCCAAGAAAGCUGCGAAAAAUUCAAACCGGUAUCAGUUUGUCGGCUUAAUUAAUUCGGCUUCGUCAAAGACGCCCAUCAUGUGGUAUGCGCGGAAAAAACCGACCAAUGCAAAAUGGUCGGUGCGUCUAGUUCACGCGGAUCAAGCUGCGAUUGUGAAGGACCUUUUUAACCGCGGAAAGGUUGACAUCUUUGCUCGUUACGAGAAUAUUGGGAAGGCGAGUGACGAAACGAAAGGUCCAAUAGUGGAAAGCACGUAUGCCGUCAGAGAACGGUCCUGGAAGAACCUUUGGAAUACUUCGCCUAAACAUUGGAUUACUGAUUCAUCGGGUAUGUAUUGGCGCGAACGUCGUUUGCGGCCCGGCAUGUACACGGAUGGCAAAACUGUGUAUGAGUCUUCGUACCGGUAUCGAGACGGCCGCAACGGCAUGCAUCAGCGGUCCACACUUGAUCAGUUCCUUUCUAGCAAAGCUUUUGAUGACAAGGGAAAGCAGCGUAUUUUGAGGCGAUUGAAAGAGGACGCACCCGACGUAGUCCUGGAAGAGUAAAGAAUCUGAACUGGCUCGACAGCCUAGUGAUGCAUUACUGUCUAACACUAGCAUUAUCUUUUCCGCUG